AUGUCACCAUAUAGGCUGGUCUUUGGGAAAGCGUGUCAUCUUCCAGUGGAACUUGAGCAUAGAGCAUUUUGGGCCAUGAAGACCUUGAACAUGGACUUGGUAGCAGCUGGUGAGAAGAGGCUUUUGCAAUUGAACGAGUUGGAAGAGUUUAGAAACGACGCCUAUGAGAACGCCAAGAUUUACAAGGAGAGGACUAAGAAGUGGCAUGACCAGAACCUUGUCAGGAAAGAAUUCCAACCAGGUCAACAGGUAUUACUCUUUAAUUCAAGAUUGAAACUUUUUCCGGGCAAGUUGAAAUCGAGAUGGUCUGGUCCUUUCACGAUAUUACAAGUGUUUCCUUAUGGUUCCGUUGAAGUAACAAGUGAAAAGACUGGCAAGUUUAAAGUAAAUGGUCAGCGAUUAAAGCUCUACUUGGGUGGUCAGUUUGAUCAAGCCAAGUCCGCCAUCCUCUUGGCGCCUCAGUAA